UAUACUGCAUAAUCAUCUGCUACAAAAUAUUAAUCAUGGAACAAAUAAUUGAAUCACAAAAUGCAUCAGAAUUCGACUGUGAUUGGCUCCACGCCAUCCAAAACUAUCUCCUCGGCGACUCCGAUUUCCCCCUCGAUUUCGAAGCCAACGCAUCCCCGCUCAGCGACGACGACGUUUCGCAAAUGGUCGACGAGCUUCUGUGCGACGACGGCGCCGGAGAGGUCGCCGCGCCUCCUCCUCCUCGGCCGGCGGUGGAGUGGAAGCGGUACAAAGGGGUGAGGCGGCGGCCGUGGGGGAAGUUCGCGGCGGAGAUAAGGAAUCCGGAGAAGAAGGGUUCGAGGCUGUGGCUGGGGACGUACGAGACGCCGGAGGAGGCCGCCGUGGCUUACGAUCGAGCCGCGUUCAGGAUGCGCGGCUCGCGGGCCCGGGUCAACUUCCCGCACCUUAUCGGGUCGGGCAUUCCGGAGCCGAUCCGGGUCACUAAGAGGAAGAACGAGGAUUUUAAUAAUGCGUCGCGGUCGGGGAAGAAGAUCAAUUGUGUUGAAUAGGAUUAGGGUUUUGCUUAAUUUUGUGUUAAUCCUAAACUACGAAUUUGCUUA